AGCAAUUAAUAUUAAUGAUGGUUUCUAUGGUAAUCAUACUCUCAGUUGGAAUGUAAUGUUUAAUACUGUACGAGAAACUAGUGAUCAUGGUGCUAUUAAUACAUGGGAUCGACAACCAUAUUUAAGUGAUGCAUUACAAUCUGGUUUACCAUCACUUUGGCAACAUGGCAGUUAUAUUCAUCAUAAUACCAUCUUUAAUAAUUAUAAUGCUUUAUGGCCUAUUGAUCACGAUGAUGGUAGUUGUUUUUAUGAAGAUAGUUAUAAUUUUCUUAUGUAUGGUGGAAAAAAAAAUUAUCUAGGUCAUUCAAAAAAAGAUCAUCAUCAAAUGUAUGUAUAUUCAGAUGCAGGUAGAGACGAUUUCGGUUGUAAUACUUGUCUUGACUAUUAUGCACCUAGACAAGGAUAUAGCGGAUGGAAUGAAGUUUAUAUUGAAAAUACUUGUAUACUUUAUAAAAAUCCAGUUCCUUACAAAAUUGAUGAUUGUAAUACAGCUGAUUUAUUUGUACCUUAUUUAGCAAAUAAUAAAAUUUAUAUACCAAAGGGUACGGAAGCAAUAUUUACAUGUAAUGUGAAUGGUAUAAGUACAAAACUUAAUUUACAACAAUGGCAAUCAUAUGGAUUAGAUAUUAAUACUACUGUUCAAGCUACACCUGAUGUUCAAACAAUAAUUAAAUGGGGUCGUGAAAUGUUACAAAAUACUAUUUAA